GUUUUUUCCUCUCCGUUUAUCUCUCCCUCUGAGUAUUUCUAUUAAUUGCAAGUGAAAAAUGGCUGACGAGAAAACGAAAAAUUUCUUGUGCCUUCAUAAAUUAAACCACCUUAUUGCUGUUUUCGACGCUGCAGCUAUUACAAUGGACGACUUUAACUAUUUGGCUGAAAAUAAAAACGAAUUGAUCAUUCUACUCCCGAUCCUGAGGGACAGAAUAGACUUCUGCAAUGUUUUGAAAAAACGAACAGCGGAUAAGGCUACGCAGGCCGAUUUGGAGAAACCUCCGAAUACCCGAGAGACGCUCGUUGAAAUUUGCGAGCGGUACGAGGCUGGCCAGAAAUUUUUGGAAAUAUACCGCAAAAAUGAAAACAAAGCGUACACUGCCAGCUGCAGAAGACUGAUAAAAGAAGCAAUGGUCGAGCAUUUUUUUCGCUUUGGCAAAGGCCACAUUACGUGCGAAAUAUUCACCGAAAUGGCUGCAAUAAUACAAAGAGAACUGCCUAAAGAAGACUUGAGAACGUGGUACGUCCCUUGUACAAAAAGAAAGGUGCCAGUGGAUUGCUUCAUAGUCGGUACCGAUAUUUACAAAGAACCGAUAAAAGAUUUCCCAGAAAUAAAACGGAAUUAGAUACUUACGACCAGCCCCCAGUUGACGAAUUGGUGCUUUUGGAAGAAUACGAUCAGAAUGCUUGCCUUGGUAAGUAGAAUUAAAAUUUAUGAUGCAAAUGGGUCGGUUAUAAGAAAUUUUUCAGCCGCUAAAUUGUUGCUCAAGGAUUUAGGCAUAAAUCGUAGCGAAGAAAUUUAUAAUGCCUGGGUCACAAGCUUUGCUCUUCGACGGCGUGAAGCAUUAAUUGGGGAAUUGGAAUUUGGAGACUGGGAGAUAAUCAGCCAGCAUGAGGACAUCUUGUCCUUGAUUGAUUUUGACUUUAAACGUAUACACCCCGAUGCGAAAAACUUUUAUGAACUUGUUCCGAAAUUUGUAAAACGCAUUAAGAGCUUGUAUUCGGAAUAUCAUCCAUUCUUGAAUGAGGA